AUGGAGUCCGUCAAGCCGUUGGGAUACAAGAUUGAAGAGUCCUGGAGAAAUUUCACUUACAAGGUGGAACUCAACACGAGACCCCUGAGAGCCGAGAUCGACAAGAGGACGCAAUGGCUCAGGACGAAUAUCCCGCUGCUCAUCAAGUCUCGCGCCUUUCAACGGGCGGCCACACUCACGACGACCUUUGUUCUCACUGUCGCCUUCAUCAUCGUCACCAUUCGACUUACAAAUGCAACCGCUCUUAUUCCUCAAGUUAUCAGCAAGAUGACCAAGUUUCCCACAUGCUCGAGUAUAAACUACACGGGCACACGAGAGAUUUGGGAAAAGUCGAGAAAAAAGUAUGAGCAUCUGCCAGAUGACAAGUUCACCAUUGCUAUGCAGACUUAUCGUCGACCCAAGGAGCUUGAGAAUACGCUGAAAGCCCUCUUGACCGAUAAGAUCCCAUCUCUUCACGAGAUAGUCGUCGUCUGGAACGACCUCGAGGCUGAACCACCAGAGAACUACGUAUCCAAGCACGGCGUGCCAGUGCGGUACCGAAAGUCAAAGAAGAACAGCCUCAACGAGAAGCUCUGGCCUGAUCCCGACUACAAGACGCAGGCGAUCCUCCUCUCAGAUGACGACGUCUACUACCGACCUGGCGAUCUCGAGUUUGUCUUUCAGACGUGGCGCAAAUUUGGUCGGAACCGACUGACUGGAGCCCUUGCACGAUGUUCUCCCGUUGAUUUGUAUGGCAACAGCGAGUACACAUUCUGCAACACCCAGAAGGGUGAAGACGGGUACUCAAUGGUUCUCUCCGGGCUAGCCUUUUCGCAUAUGUCAUUCCUCGACUACUACGCCUCCAACGACACCGCCAUGAACCAGAUCAGAGACUAUGUGGACGAGGGCUUCAACUGCGAAGAUAUUGCCCUCAACUACGUCCACUCUAUGCUGACUGGUGAGGGACCGCUGCUUGUUAGUGGUAAUGAGAAGUACGUCAACUAUGUGCCGAGGGAGGGUAUCAGCAGGAAGACGGGACACAUGGACGCUCGCAGUGCGUGUCUAAAUGAGUUUUCAAAGAUGCUUGGAUGCUUCCCGCUGGUCGAGGAGACGGCAUACAUUCAGCGAGGUGUUAUUGUCGUGUAA